AUGACGGGUACGCAGCAUUGGUCGCUGGAUGGUCUUCAUUUUAAAGAUUGGGAAUAUUAUGCCAAUGACAAUAAAAAGAACUGCUUUGCUACCGUUCCGUCUCACAUUGCCAAAAACUUGAUAAUACAUGGAAAAGGAAAAAAAUUCAAAGUGUUGAGAGGAUAUGUGUUCAACAUCUGUAAUACCGAUAAAUUUGAAGAAAAUUAUAGUCCGUUGCUACUGGAAAUAGACCCUCCAAUCCGUCUCGAUAUUCCUUGUCUACUUGAAGCUCAGCCACUCGUCGAAGAGAAUAAUAGGAAAGUUGUCGACUCUUCCGAUUUUGACGCCUAUGGACUAGACGGAGUUAGCAUGAAACAUCACAGAGUCAAGUAUGUUGGUAUUCAAAGCGAGUACACAGAUUAUCGAUAUAUGAAGAUAAUACCUUUCUACCAGAGUUCGAAUGAUCGUGGUGGUCCAUUAGUUGUGAAUCUCGAUGGAAAAGCUACUGUGGCUGGUCUGAAGGCGUCGUCUACUGAUAUUUACAAUGGUCUUAUCUAUUUCAACUUCAUUCCAAUGCUUGAAAAAAGGAUUUGUGAACAUUCUGGAAUCUGUAGCGUAGAGAAUCUCGCUGAAGCCUUGAAGAAAUUGCCGACAACAGAAGCACCACCACCAACGAAGUCUACAGAAGACGGAGGGCUCUCACAAGUUACCCCAAGUGGAUCAGGAAACAGUGGAACACCUAGACAACCGUCGCAGAUGCCGAUGAUGCAGUUGAACCGAAAAGACCAACAUAUUCGGAAGAAGUUGAGCCGGAGGAGAGUGAAUCUGGUGAGGACGGAGAGGAUACUGAUAUAUUGCUCGACAAGGACUUCAAUAGAGGGACGAGUUUGGUAA